CUAAUUGGCGUGUCUGGAGCUGAGGCCACUCUGGCUGCCUGUCCCUGCCCAGGCCACAGCUGGCUGGACAGGCUCCCUGCGCCCAGGGCACCUCAGCCCUGUCCUGCCGCGUUGUCACACACCCACCUCUGCCUGUGCCUCUCUGUCCUCUCCUUGCUGGUUAAACCCACUGUCCCCCGAGGCCCCAGCCCUGUGCUCCCCCCCGCCCUGCUCUGCCCUUCAGGUGGGCGCGAGCCCCUGGGGGCGCAGCUCUGAGUGGGUGAGCCGGCUGGCCACUGGCUCCUCACCUGGUAAAUCCCGGCCACCAGUGUGAGGGCAGUGGCGACGCGGAUGGCGUAGCAGUCCCUCCCGCAGCCCUGCAGCCCGAGUGCCAGCGUGGCGGCCGAGGCAUUGAGGGUGCUGCCGUUGUCCCGGGGCCCCGGGCCGUCCUGGGCAGGGUCGAAGCCGGCCAGCAGGAGCUCGCGGUCCACCACCUGCCCCAGCAUGAGGCAGAGCAGGCUGAAGAUGCCCACGGAGACGUGGCGCGAGGUGCCCAUGAGGAAGUAGAUGAGGUUCGCGAAGAAGGAGGUGUAGAGGCUAUAGAUGGGCUGCAGCCCCGCCAGCAGUGAGUAGGCGAUGGCCUGUGGCACCAGGAUGAUGCCGAUGACCAGCCCGGACAUGACGUCCCCUGCCAGGUCCUCCCGCGGGUGGUACUGGCGCAGCCAGCGUGUGGCGGGGAGCAGGUCCUGCACCAGCGCCCCGGCCCCCUGCGCGCUGCACGUGCAGUUCCACUGCAGCCUGGCCUUUAGCGUCUCGAGCACGCCCCGGGGCGCUGGGGGCUGCCGGCGGACCAGCACCAGCCCCCCACCCUGCUCUGUGUGCUCAGGCGACACGUCCAUCCUGGGCACCGGCCCCCUUGGGAAAACCUGCAACAGAGAAGUGGGCGUCGUCGCUGGGGCAGUGGGACAUGCUGGGGUCAGAGGGCGUCGCAGAGACCCAGACACACGUGUGACCAAACCCAAAGUCCCCUGCUUCCCAUCCACCUCCUCCUCCAGGCGCAGGCCCGCCAUCACCCGUGCCCACACCAGAGGCCCCUCUGUUCCCCCGUGCAAACCACCGUGGCCCCCUCUGGCCACCCCUCCAUCACUUCUGCAUGCAGCCCUGGGGUGGCAGAGGCUCGGAGGAAGAGGGCCUCCUGACGCCCGCAUUGAGCCUUGCAGAUGCUGGGACCCCAAAUCUGUGCCGGGGAGGGGUGCUCGGACAGCAGUGCCGGCCACCUGUGCAGUCCUCGCGGCAGAAUUCCGGGAACAUGCCUUGGGAGAGUGAUCUUGGUGGGGCCGGUGGAGAGGCGAGUUAGGGUGAUUGGCGUCCGUCAUCUGGGGGUGUCCGGGACGGUGGGGCACCCUUCCUGAGUGUGUUAACACUCCUUUGGUUGCUGCCUCACACUGCGCACGCGCUCUGUGGAGCCACGUGCCGACCACUCCUUGCUUUCCCGGGGCAGCCUGCCAUCCGGGCCCAGCCUUCUGCAAACAACCGGCCAGCCUGACCUUGCCCUCGCAGAGCACUGGGGUGUUGGCGGCUUUGGUCUGUCCUGUUCACAGCCAUGCCAAGUCCAGCUCAGAUCCCGCUCUUGACGCUCCCCCCAUGGCGACAUGGGGCAGAUGCUCUCUGCUCCCCCAGAGCCUGGUCACCCUGCUGCCUGCGUGGAGUGCCCCAUGCGCUGGCCCAGGACACGGCCUGGAGUGUCCCUGGGUGUGGAGGACGGUGGCAGGCACGGCCCUGUGGGCUUUGGAGUGGCGGGUCUGCUCCUUUGGGGAACGUCACGAGCAUUUCUUUCCUCUGCAGACCUCACCAUAUGGGUCCCCGAGUGCCUUGAAGCUCACUCAAGCCCCUGGGGUCCAGCCAGGUGCCCUUCUUGCUGCGGAACCCCCACCUGGAUUCCAGCCUGGCGCUGACCCCCUGUGACUGGGCAGGCGCCUGGCCUCCACGACAGGUCCAUCUCCAGAAUGAAUAAACGAAGGGGGUCGGCUGGGCAGGGCCUGAGCUACAACUUCACCCACCUGGACGGGUACCUGGACCUUCUCAGGGAGAACCAGCUCCUCCCCGGCUUUGAGCUGAUGGGCAGCCCCUCUGGACACUUCACCGACUUCGAGGACAAGCAGCAGGUGUUUGAGUGGAAGGACCUGGUUUCCCUCCUGGCCAGAAGAUACAUUGGUAGAUAUGGACUUGCCCACGUUUCCAAGUGGAACUUCGAGACGUGGAACGAGCCGGACCACCACGACUUUGACAACGUGUCCAUGACCACACAAGGCUUCCUGAACUACUACGAUGCCUGCUCCGAGGGUCUGCGUGCCGUCAGCCCCGCUCUGCGCCUGGGUGGCCCCGGCGACUCCUUCCACCCCCCGCCACGCUCCCCACUGUGCUGGGGCCUCCUGGAGCACUGUCACCACGGCUCCAACUUCUUCACCGGGGAGGUGGGCGUGCGGCUGGACUACAUCGCCCUGCACAAGAAGGGCGCGGGCAGCUCCAUCUACAUCCUGGAGCAGGAGAAGGCGGCGGUGCGGCAGAUACAGCAGCUCUUCCCGAGGUUCGCGGACACCCCCAUUUACAACGACGAGGCGGACCCGCUGGUGGGCUGGUCCCUGCCGCAGCCGUGGAGGGCCGACGUGACCUACGCGGCCAUGGUGGUGAAGGUCAUCGCGCAGCACCAGAACCUGCUAGUGGCUAACGCCAGCUCCUCGGUGCGCUACGCGCUCCUGAGCAACGACAACGCCUUCCUGAGUUACCACCCGCACCACUUCUCGCAGCGCACGCUCACUGCGCGCUUCCAGGUCAACAACACGCGGCCGCCGCACGUGCAGCUGCUGCGCAAGCCGGUGCUCACUGCCAUGGGGCUGCUGGCCCUGCUGGACAGCGAGCAGCUCUGGGCCGAGGUGUCGCAGGCUGGGGCGGUGCUCGACAGCAACCACACGGUGGGCGUCCUGGCCAGCGCCCACCGCCCCGCGGGCCCCGCCGACGCCUGGCGCGCCACGGUGCUGGUCUAUGCAAGCGACGACACCCGCACCCACGCCAACCGCAGCAUCGCCAUGACUCUGCGCCUGCACGGGGUGCCCGCGGCCCUGGGGCUCGUUUACGUCACUCUCUACCUGGACAACCGGCUCUGCAGUCCCUACGGCGAGUGGCAGCGCCUUGGCCGGCCGGUCUUCCCCUCCGCAGAGCAGUUCCGGCGCAUGCGCGCGGCCGAGGACCCGGUAGCCUUGGCGCCGCGCCCCUUCCCCACCAGCGGUCUCCUGACACUGCGCCCCCGACUCCCGCUGCCUUCGCUGCUGCUGGUGCACGUCUGCGCGCGCCCCAAGGAGCCUCCGGGCCAGGUGACCCGGCUUCGGGCUCUGCCCCUGACCCGUGGGCAGCUGCUUUUGGUCUGGUCGGAUGAGCACGUGGGCUCCAAGUGUCUGUGGACCUAUGAGAUCCAGUACUCCCCUGAGGGUGAGGGGUAUGCUCCCGUCAGCAGGAAGCCAUCAACCUUCAACCUCUUCGUGUUCAGCCCAGACACGGCUGUCGUCUCUGGCUCCUACCGGGUUCGAGCCAUAGACUACUGGGACCGGCCAGGCCUCUUCUCAAACCCUGUGCGGUACCUGGAGGUCCCUGCACCGUGAGGGCCACCACUGCUCAGUGAUGGAGCCUGUGCUGACCAGCGGACCCAGUGGCCAGGAGCCGAGGUGGGCCAGACCACCAUAGGCCUAUCAGUUCUUCAUUAGCUCUGUUCAUCUUCUCCCACCCCUUCACACACUCCCUUAAAGUGUCUUUCUGUA